GAUUCCUUAAUUGUGAACCAAUUAAUUCCCAACUCCAGAAAUGCGAUAAAGAUGCAUAAAAUACGAAAAGUAAAAGCGAAAGGGUCGUGCAGAUUCUUUUGUGUGAUCUACGACUAUCAUGAAUGGGGUAAUUCGAUCAAAAAGUAGCUGCAUGUGGAGCCAUAGAGAUGCCAAAGUGAUGGUGUCCCUCCUCGAAAGAAACGAACUGGGUACAAGAAAGGGAAGAGAUAUAUAGCUAGCUGCCGUUGAUAAUCCUCUAGCUUGCUUCCGCCUUUUCAAACUGAUCCUGAACCAAUCUCCAAAUCGAUCAAGAAAUGGCUGAGGCACUCGUCAACCUCCUUGUUGAACAAUUGGGUUCAGUUGUUUACCACCAUACAAGUGAAGGGGUGAAACUAGUUUUGAAAGCUAAGAAGGACGUUGACAAAUUCAGAAGCACCCUCAAACUUAUCCAGAAUGUGCUUCACGAUGCUGAGAAGAAGCAAGUGUCGGAUCCCGCGGUGAGAGACUGGUUGGUUGAGCUCAAAGACGUGUCGUACAAGAUGGAUGACGUGCUGGACGCUUGGAACACUGAAAUUGGGAAACGAGAAGCUGAGAAGCAAGAAACACAAGGUUCUGAUGUGGAGGUACGUUUCUCAUUACGUUCCAAUUGCAUUUGUCUUGACCGAUUGAAUGAGGUAACUCAUCGUUAUAAGAUUGGUAGUGCAAUAAAAGAUCUGAAUGAAGAGUUAACUCAGAUUUAUGUUGACAAAAACAAGUUUAGCUUUCAAUCCAUCAUGCCUGCUGCUGCACUUAAUGUUGAACAACCUAAUCCACGGCGUAUAACUUCAUCUUUCGUCGAUGUAUCGACCAUAUGUGGGCGGGAAGUUGAAAAGGAGAGGUUGGUGAGUGAGUUGUUAGGGAAGGAGAGUCCCGGCCUUGUCAUCCCCAUUGUAGGGAUGGGAGGAUUGGGGAAAACAACUUUUACCCAAUCAGUCUUCAAGGAUGCACGAGUUCAAGCCCAUUUUGAUAUCAAAGCAUGGGUUUGUGUCUCAGACCCUUUUGAUGUCAUCAAGAUUGCAAAAGAAAUCCUUGAACAUGUCAAUGGAAUAAAAUCUCAAGAUAGUUCAAAUGUGUUGCAAAUAUUAUUAGAAGAGAUCGAGAAACGUAUCAAGGAUAAAAAGUUUCUCCUCGUCCUUGAUGAUGUGUGGACAGAAAACCAAACAGAGUGGGAGAGGUUGAGUUUACCACUACUAAUGCAAAGCUGUGCUGAAGGCAGUAGAAUUUUGGUGACCACUCGAAACCAGGGGGUUGCUCGAAUGAUGAAGGCAACCAGUCACAUGAUCAUUUUGGAGAAGCUGAGUCAUUCAGAUUCUUUGAAACUAUUCAAUAUAAUUGCAUUUUGGGAUAGGGAACAAGAUAAGUCCAACAAGGGGUUUGGAGAUAUUGCUGAGGAAAUUGUUAGAAAAUGUGAUGGUCUGCCUCUUGUUCUGAAGACUUUAGGUAGUCUUCUAUUGCAUAAGCAAACAAUCAGAGAAUGGGAAGAAGUUCUCAACAGUGAGACAUGGAAGGUAAAAGUGGUUCAAGAAGAAGUUUUUCGACCAUUAUUACUCAGUUAUUAUGAUUUGGCUUUGGAGGAUAGGAGUUGCCUUCUGUAUUGUGCUACUUAUCCCAAAGAUUUUGAGUUCGACAAAGAAAUUCUUAUCAAGCAGUGGAUGUCACAAGGCUAUUUGAAUGUUGGAGAAAACAGAGAAGAGGCAACACAAGGUAGAGAAGUUUUUGCCAAGUUAAUAAUGCGAUGUUUGUUCCAAGAUUUCAAGCAAAAUGCACUUACCAAGGAAAUCAUACACUGCAAAAUGCAUGAUACUGUGCAUGAUUUUGUACAAUAUCUUAGCCAGAAUGAGUGUCUUACUAUGGAGGCUACGGGUACUCAUGGAACAGAGACAUCGAGUGCAAAUGAUAGGGUUCGCCAUUUGACCUUAAUGUCAGCACAUGAUGGUCCAUUUCCAUCUUUUAUAUCAAAAUUAGCGAAUAACAAAAUUUUGCGUACCCUGACAACUUUUGGUUCAAGAAUUACUGCCAUAGACUCAGAUUUAAUUUCACAGUUGAAACGUCUAAGGACUUUGAAUUUGAGUUGCAAUGACAUCUGUCAACUGCCAGAGGAGAUCGGUGAUUUGAUAUAUUUGAGAUAUCUUGAUUUGUCUGAUAACCGUAAUUUGAGGAGAUUACCCGAAAGCCUGUGUAACUUGUGCAAUUUGCAAACUUUGAGGCUUGAUUUUUGCGAGUGCCUUGAAAAGGUGCCUGAGAAAAUGGGGAAGUUGAUUAACUUGAAGCACCUUCAUGUUAAUUUUUGUAGAUCGCUUGAGUACUUACCAAAAGGGAUUAAGCGUAUAAGGAAUUUGCGAACACUAGACGGGGACCCAUCUGUUCAUUGUAGUGAAGUUGCCGAAGCAUUGACAUUAGGAGAUCUGAGAAUGAUGAAUCAGCUUCGCCGUCUUGACAUCCGUAUUUCAAGGGUUGGGGAAAAUGCUGCAAGUGAGGCCGAGAAAGCAGAAUUGAAUCAAAAACUGCAUCUUUCUUAUUUACGACUUAUUCUGUCUGACAUCGACACAAAUUCUGGGGUAAUGAACGCCUUGCGACCACAUGAAAAUUUGGAGUCUUUGGUAAUUUGGGGGUAUAAAGGCUCCACCUGGCCCAAUUGGAUGACGACGUCGUAUUUAACUAGAUUGACAGCCUUUCAUCUUUGUGGCAGCCAGUUCUCUGUUUUGCCUCCUCUCGGGAAACUACCGUCUCUUAAAGUAGUCAGGCUGUUUUUGUUUGGUCCGGAAGAGAUUGGAGCUGAAUUUUACGGAGUAGAAGAAGAAACAUCAUUAUCCUUCCCGAGUCUGGAAACACUCUAUCUUGGCAGAUUGUGGAGUUUAGAAAAGUGGGAAUUAGGUGGAAAGGCAGAAGAGGAUUCUUCUAAUUCCCAAAUGAAAUCAAUUUCAAUAAUGCCACGCCUUUCUUCCUUGUAUAUUCAGUCGUGUCAUAGACUAAAACAACUGCCAGACUUCCUUCUGCAAAAUGCAUCACUGCAGAAUCUUUUCAUCGAAGAUUGUUACAGCUUAGGCCGCCUUCCUGACGAGUUCAUCUCUCGCAUCCCAAACGUCACAAUUAGUGAAACCUCAUAUGAUCCCAUUUUCAAAGGAAGGGAAAUAGAUACUGAAUACACCUUCUGAUAAUCGUUAGCCGUGAUGCACUGACGUUACUUACAGUCGAUCAAGUUAAAGAUUUCAAGCACCCUAUAUCCUGGGUGGAUUUUCCAAGACACGAUGACACUUGGGUAGGAUCAGACUCUAGUUGUAUGCAUCAUUCUGGACAAGACUCUAGUUAAGCAUAACUGACUCAGAAUCACAAUGAACCUUGAAGUUGUCCAACUGAUCGAUUUGGCUCUGCAAAUGGAGCAAAUGUAGCAGAGAAACUAAGGAGGAUUGCUGAGCUGUGAUACACCACUCGGGAAACUUGUCUUGCAUUGAGGCAUCCAUGUGACUGAUUAAUGUGCUUUCCAUGAUUCUGCCUAACUUAUAGGUCCAUCUAUAAUAUCACAGGUUCCUUCUGUUAUGGUCAGGACUGUCCCUUGAAUGAGGAUAUGAAUACAACGGCACCUCCAUAUCAAGAUUCAAGAGGUUAAAAGUAUCACAGCAAUUGAGCAUUAUCAAGGGUCUUGGUUUUUAAGGCAGUGACAGAAGCCAAGAGCAUACUCCACAUUGAAGAUCUUACUAGUUGCUUAUAAUACUUUUAUUGCCUCUUCCAAUAGUUCGGGCUCAGCAUUCAACUCCUGCUCAAGGGCAUUUGAAUUCACACUUCUGGUUUCUUUCUUCACUUACAAAAAAUAGUGUAGAUUCUAAAGUUUGCAGUUGCUGGAGUUCUCAAGACAUGAUGACACUCUGACCACAAUCUUCCCCUGUUAUUGGUGGAAAUCUUUAAUCAUAAGGACUCAAAAUGUUGUUGGUUGUCAAGCUAAUGAGGUGCUAUGGUGGGAUGUUAAGCAGAUACAAACACUUCUCUUGACUUCUGGUAUCCGUUUGACUGGUUGGUCAGUUUCUUAUAUUCAUUAGGUAAUUUAUCACAAUCAUCUGAAAUGAUCCUAUGCAAUAGUUUAGAGAGUGCUUUUAGUUGACAGUUGUUAAAUUCUAAUAUCAUUAGUUUCCAUAGCUAGCUUCCUUGGCAUCAGAAGAGUGGAUUUGCCCCCAAGGUCUGAAUUGAAUUUAUCUUCAAGUUUCCAUCAACUCACCUGAAGGCAACAUAAGUAGCAGAAGCUUUUUGUUGCAUGAAAAAGAUGGAAGUGCCAGUGUGACCCAUAGUCCCAUUCGGUCUACUGCUAAGUUUCCAAAUGUCCCCCGAGAAAUUUGGCCAUGCCUUGACAAAGAAUCAAAUUUAGCAUAACUGGAGAAGCAGCAUAUAUAUGGUUUAAACUGCAACUACCAAAAACCGCUUGGAGUGAGUGAUUAGAAACUACUAAGAUAUUUGGGGGAUAUAAAUUAAAUGUCCCUUGUGUCUGUAAGACAAGAUUGGAGAUGCUGGUUGCUUAACUAGAAAAAAUAAGUUCCAUGCCGGACCUGUCUGAAGCAGUGAUGCACUAGCAAUUAGCAAGGAAAACUGUCUGCCAGUGUCAUCCAUUUGAACAGUGGAUGAGACUUACCUAAAAUAGUUUAUAGCAAGGAAGAGAGGGAAGAGUGGAUGUGGCCCAAACUGAUCUCAUUCAAAUUCCCCAAAAGGACAUCUCAUUCAAAUUCACCAAAAGGACAAAUAAUGUAGAGGAUAUUCAAUGAGGGUUGCGGUUCAAAACAACUUGGUCAUGGUGAAAACUGACUUGGAAAUCCUAUUGGAGUCCAGUGGAACCAAAUUCUAGUAAAAAGAAUCACAAAAAAGCAGAAGAACAGCAUGACAUGGGUUUUGUCAGCAGUGGAACACUAAGGUGAGAUCUCAAAGUAGCAGUGGAGCAGCAUAACAUGAUACUCGGGUAGUCCUUAUCGCAUGCAAAACUUUGAAAUGUAGAAGCAUGGAGACUCCAAAACCGCAUCGGAGUUGUCAAGCUGGUGAUUAAUCAUUAAUGAGAUGAG